AUGGCAGUCGUGGCCGAGUUUGACAGCGGGCACAAAGGCGCAAUCCUGGACACGCAGCUGGACGACCUGUGCCUAAGACUGGCCACUGCGUCAUCCGAUGGCUUAGUGAAGCUUUGGAAGGUCGACAAUCCGCAGGAGCCCACCUUUCUGUGCAACUUGGCCGCCCACACUGGCGCCGUUCAUCAGGUGUCUUGGGCCCCAGUUGGAACUGGCGCGGGUGCACUGCUCGUGUCGGCUGGUGCUGAUGGCCGCGUCUUUCUUUGGGGACCUUGCCAUGACAUGCAGAGGUGGCAGGUGGUCCACGAGGAGGAUCUCAGUAGACAUGGUGAGGUCACAGCCGUGUCCUGGGCUCCGCCCAGCAUGGGUACCGCCGCGUAUGCCUGUGCUCUGUCAGAUGGCACCAUCUCUGUGACCAUUCACCAGGGAACCCUGCGUUCAGGUGAAACCGAUGUCGAACAUCGAUGGCAGUCGGAGAGCUUUUCGGUGCACAAGGCCAAGGCAACUGCAGUGUCUUGGUCCUCGGCAGUGGACCCUCACAAGAAAGGGGAGCUGGCAGGAGCCUGCCUGGCCACCGCCGGUGACGACGGCGUGCGAGUGUGGCACAUCCUGGAGGUGCAUGGCCGAUUUCGAGAGGAGGAGCUCGAGCGGCCAGAGCCGGAGGAGCCCGUCCGCGAUGUUGCCUGGAAGCCGUGGGACGGCUGCGGCGACAUGCUUGCGUUCGCAAAGGGGAAGCAGGUCGGCUUCCUUCGCCGCCAGGAAUCGGGUCCGGGAUGGAUCUUGGACCCGCCGGUCAAGCUUGACGAGGAGGUUUGGAAGUUGGAGUGGCAGCCCAUGGGAAGCCAGCUGAUCGCCAUGUGCGGCGAGAAGGAGUACCGCAGCCUGCUUUUGAAGCAGCAGCUCUGUGGCAAGUGGGAUGUCAUCGACGUCAGCGGAACGCCUGCCUGA